UUGCAACCGCCCUUCUUCCUCUACCUUUUUGUUUUUCGGAAAUCUCGUUACUGUUUCUUUCACUUUCUCGCAUAAGAAAAUUCCUUCCUUCUUCCUAUACCUUUUUGUUUUGCAGAAACCUCCUUCCUAUUCCUUUCAGUUUCUCGCAUAAGAAAUCUCCUUCUUAUUCACAAUUUCAAACAAUUCGAAAUCCCUAAUUAUUAGCAAGUCGACGGCGCCACUCGCUGACGAAAGUCCUUGUGAGUGGGGAGAUCACGAUUGGGAGUACAGAGGACAAUCCUGGCGCCGGAUAGGUUGUCGACGAGUGCGGAUUUCAUCUCCGGCAGCCAGCCCACCUCCCCCGCAGCCCAUUUAGGCGGACUUUGUAUCAUCCGCCGUCGCUGAAAACGAUCGAUCUCCCUCUCUCUUUUUCUGUUUCCAUCCCGUAUUUAAAAGAACCGCACUCUCCGUUGAAUCUCCAUCCAACACAGCUCUACACCACAAACCUCCUCCACUCCCAAAGAAAACCGCUACUCCAGUUUCUACUUCGGCCUCUACUCUGUCGAAUUUGCCUCCACUCUUGGUCGACGCUUCCUCCAGCACUCUCCCCUUCCGUAUGGGAAUUGCCACUCCUGCAUUGCUCAUAGCCCAGAGAGGUAUCAAUCUGCGUCCUUGGUUUGGGAAUUGUCAACCAAAUCUGCCUCCGUUCUCGGCCGUACCGCUGUUGGGGUCACGAAAUUGGUUUCUUUAACUAGAAGUUUGGGAGGUUAGCUCUUCUGAUUUUCCGUUUCCCUAAAAUCGUCACUCUCUGCUCUCUGGUUGAGAUUCAGGUCUCUUGCUUUCCUUUGCUGUCUGUCAAACUCAAAACUUCAUUACCCACCAUCAACCCACAACAAUCUAUUUCGUUUUCCCUUUCUGUUCCUGUGCGAUUUCCUGAGACUGCCAAUUGGCUGUGGAUUUCUCCAUAUGCAGACUUUCAGAAUCACUUUGACAUUGCUGUGGAAUUUGUUUGAUGGAUAGUUAGUUUCUUUUCUGCUAUGAAUUCCAUUGCUGCCUCUGGGAUGCACAGACAACGAUCCUAUUAUGGAUUUCCAUUCCCAAAUCUAAACCUCAACCUUUUCUCUGCCAAAGUAUCUCAUAUGGGAGUUGAUUGGUAUCCUUAGCUUACGUUCCAUGGUUGAAAAAUCUGAUUUCAUAGAUAGAAUUAACCCCAUUUCAUAUAACAUGAUCUAUUAUAAAAUUAGCUAUAGGAAGGCCCUAGCUUUUCGUGCACCAGUUCUAGCAUUCCAUAAUUACAUCUUCUACUGCCUCUAACAUAGAAUUCCAUAUUUUUAUCAACACUGUGUGAGACAUCUAAACUAUUAGAUGGAAACACAUUACUGAAUGUGAUGUAGGGGAUAGUGACAUGCCAAGUAUUUGCUUUUCAUUUCGUUAAUGAGGAUGUUAUCAUUUUAUCAUAUUACUGAUAUUGAAAAAGAAACCAGUAGGUUCUUAAGCAAGGCAAGCCAAUGGGAUGUCAUGAAGGUGAAACAACUAGAAAAGAAACAGAGGAAUUUGUUGCCUUCGCAGGAAAAAAAGCAAAUACUGGGCAUGUCACUAUCCAGCCGACUGCCCAUUUCCAGCCCUGCACUCUUCAUCGGCAAUAACCCAGAGUUCUGGUAACGGCAACAUGAAGCCUGCAGAUAGUGGGAAAAAGGAAUAGGGUAUUGGGUUAAAGCAAUUUGGGAUCAACACAACACUUCUUUCCCCUGUUUCUUAGUAUCGUGCUUAGCAAAGUGUUGAACUUUAUAGCAUUUCAGGACUGCACGGUGUGAGUAUCUGAUUACCAUAGCAGUUUAAUUGAUCAAGCCAAUCAAAAUUCUUACUACCACCUGCUAUAGAGCUGAUCUAUUUCGUAUUGCAUAUAUAUGCAUAAUCAUUUCUUUGGGUGUUCCUUGGUAUCUACUCUCUGGUACAGUGGUACUUAAUCCUCUACUCAUCAGAAGUUAAAGAAUUGGGAACCAUUACAAAUAGAGCUAAAAAUAUAUGGACCAAUAAAAUAAAAAAGCGACAGAUGUUGAUUAAAAUGAAAAGAAAAUUAGUGCGAAGAAACAUGCAUCAGUCUAAAAUCCAAAUACUCUUAAACUCACACUUUUGUGUUGGAGAAGGGAAAAGAAAUUAGUUGAGGUGCUGAACAGUCCAUUUCUUUAACUAAGUUCGCUGUUACUUCUCCAUGUUCGUGCGUUUUCCUCUUUCCUUACAGUUCGUGUGAAUUUUGGUGUGGUUGUCAUAGGUGUACAUUGUUCAAUGUAAAUAACUGCAUUUCUUGAGGUGUUCCAGCAGGUUCCUUUGUAUCUUUCUCCUAUUGUUGAAGCAACAUAUCAGGUCCUUCAUUAGAGAUUCCUUUGGCUAUGAUGAAGUGAUUCUAUUUUCUGUAUUGUGAUGCUCCAGGUUCUUGGUUCAAGUGUAAAGCGUUGGAGUGAAGCUUGAAGGCCUGCCUUAUUGAUGCGUUCAGUGAGAGAGAUUUCGAUGUCCGAGGUAGUUGUUGAAGUCCUGUUGCGAUGUGCCUUCUAAUCUCCCUUGACCCUUCUCUGUUGUUGUACAUUAUAUUUAUGUUUGCUUUUGCUCUGUUUGUUCUUGACUAACCCUGAUUUAGUGUUUUAAUAAUUUUUGCAGUUCGGUUUGCUCAACAAAUAACGAACAGAUCUGGUCAAGGUAAGGCUCUUUCCAUGGCGUUCGGUUUUUGGAAGUCUAAUAUCCCUGUGUUUGUCUCUAUUAUUCUCUCUUUCCCGGGGUUUUAUUUGGUUUUUACUGUGGUUAGAAUGCUCUUGCAGUGGCAGUAGGCUUUACAUAUGGUAUGAUAUAUUGAUGAUUAUGAUUGGGAAUAUCCUCUUUGUACAAUGAUGCUUUAAACAACUGACAUGGCUGCUGUGUUUGGAAGGAAGUCUCAAAUUGUAGUUUUGAAUCAAAUGGUUUAGUUUGCUUUUGUUCCAUCUGCCCAUAUUAACUUUUCGUUUAGUUGAAAAAAAGAUUGUUCCUAUUAUGUCCUUGAAUGGAAUGGGUGUUCGGAAUUGGGGGCUUUAGAGAAAGGUGUUGUGAGUUCACAGGUCACAGGACAUGCUAUAGAAUUUAGGUACACCAUUUUUCAAACAAUUAUUCAGGAAAAAUGAAGGUUCUCCAGUAUGUUAAUGUAACUAUGGCCCAUUCCAGUGACCGUAAGGGAUGAUGUCAAAAAGCAAAUAAUUUUUUUAGAUAUUGCAUCAAGUAGUGCAGCUGCUCCUAUUCCUUUCAAAACGCACGCAGUUUUCAACACAUGGAAUGAUGAAUGUGGCAUAGGUAAACUUACCGCUUUUCAUUGAAAUGUUUUUCAAAUUUCAGUCUCAAUUUGUUGUAAUAGAGUGGUUUAUAAUUCAAUAAUCAAGUAGUGACUGAGGGGUAGGAGAUCUAGAAGAAAAGUUUUCACAGCAAAACUAUAAAAAAAUGCUUUAUCUCAUGAAACUACACGACCCUCUAACAUGUUUUAAAAAAUUACUGUCACGUUAUAAAUUUUCGUGGAUGCUCCUUGGGGGUUAUGAGUCACUAAAUUAGUUAGUUUGGUUUGAGCUGCUACGCUUACUAUAUUAGUACUAUAAUUCCAAUAGUAACAUGGGAAGCAACAAAAAUUAUGUGCUUAUUAAGUUGGGUUUGCCUAUAGUAUGAUCUUUUGGCAUGAAACUGGAAAUGAUUUGUAGUUGUAUCCUUUUUGUCUUCUUCUUUAUGCUUAUAUUAGGUUUCUGUGCUCUUGAUACAUUGUUAUACUGCUGCUGACUUUUUGAUGGUGCUUAGUUAAUUAGGAUUUCCAUGACUCUCUCUUUUGAUGUAUGAAAGUAUGAAAGGAUCAUGUCACAUUCAAUCCUAAUGCUAUAUCCUCUUAAAAAAAUUAUGCAAAGCCCCAUAUUCUAAUUUUCAAUCCAAUUAAUAAUUAGCAGUGGCCUAAGAAAACCUGGAUAAUGUACAUUAACUAGGGUAAAAAUCUAGACACAACAAAAACAUGUUUCGACUAAUUGGUAACAGAAUGCUCCUCUGUGCACACAUCAUGUUGUUUAGAACUUUUAAUUUCUAAUCGAUUUAAUGCUUCGCCUUAUGAGUUUACGUUAGUGUCUAAGUUAGUGUCGAAGCCUCAAAUUUACCUAGGCUGAACUACUGGAUUGUGGUAGGAAAACAGUUUCAAUCUUGGCCUUGAGAUACUAGAAUAGAAUUUAAGUUUUAGUUUCAGUCUGAGCCUGAGUCUUGGUUAAGUUAUUUCAGCUUUUAGCUCCUCAGAUAUAAUGUCUUCCUUUGUAUAAAUUGUUUAAACUGCUCCAUGAUUAAUAGGUCAUACUUCUGAAACUAACCCAAUUAAGUAUACUAGAAAUCCAUUUGCGCUUGCUUUCAAGUAUAUCUCUUUCCAUUGCUAAUUGCUUUCUGUUCUUCUGUGUUGGUGCUGCGGUGUUGCUAAAUAUUUACUGUUGUCCUCUACACUGUAAGUUGGAAGCAUUGAUAUGGAAUUGAGACAUGUGCUUGUGCUUUUGUGUUUUGGUGAGUGGUUUUUUAACUUGAAUUUGUUUCAACACAGGCUUGCCAGACUCACUUUUAUGUUCUCAGCGAGUAUUCUGCUACAAAUACUGCUAUGCUUUCACUCUCAUUGGUUGGGAAUACGGUAUCCCUGCAUAGUUGCUACAAAAUACAUGGCACUUAGAAAAGUUGUUACUAACAAAGUUAAAAAUUAUCCAGGAAGUCAUUCAGGUGUUGUUCAAUGCUUACAAAAGUUGGUAGGCAUCAUUAAGCUAACUGGAACGGACAAACAAAGAAGCAUCAUAAGGACUUUGGUACCCCAACUUCCAAGCAAUUGCAUUGUCAAAAGGUGUAUCGUCUCCAAACCUUCAGCUACCACGAGUGUCAUUUCAUUUCACUACGAAGCCAGGACCUUUCGGCGGCUAUGCACGAGGAUGGUUGGCGGGCGUCAUAGUUGUUGAUGGCUGCCAAUUUCAUUGUCGAAUAGGGGUUUUCCCGGACAUCCUCUCCAGCUGCAGAACGUGAGGUGAGAUCUUUUCCAUCUCUUCUCUUUCAUCUCUCAUGACUAGGCUCACCACUGGUUGGAUACAGUGUUGACUCCAUCUUUGUUACUACUGUACUGUGAUUAUAGUUUGUAAACUUCUGUUUGUAUACAUUAGGUUCUAAUAUGUAAUUUUGCAUAUAUUAUGCACUUAAUUUUUUUAAUAACGGAAAUUUGUUAACUUUAUCAUAUUUUAAAGUACCAUUUAUAAGUUUAUCAUAUUAUUUAAGAAAAUAAAAAUCUUCCUCAUUCAGACUCCUCUAUUGACAUAUACUUCAAAAAGAUCCCCUACAAGCGCAGGAAGAGGAGAGGACCACGGUCCACGUACCCACCACCGUUAGGCGGGUAAAGAUGGAUAAAAAAAGUUUGAAAAAUGUGACAUCGGUUAUUGUCACUGGAUAAAAAAAAAAGAAUGGAAAGAAAGAAAAAAGUUUAAUCUAC